AUGGAUCCAUUCGUGGCCUCGGUGGUCACGCUGGAUGGCCGGCCGGGUCUCUUCAGCUGUGCGGAUGCCAGCUGCCAGGCCGCAUUUUUGGAGCUAGAUGGCGUGGCCGCACUUGCGGAUGGCUUCCACGAAGUGGCCGUGCCAUCCGGUGUGAAGGCCGCUGAUGGACAGGAGCUCUUUGCGACCUUCCGCUCCAGCUUUUUAGUGCACCGUGGACGUGACGUGAUUGCGGACCCGCAGAUGCACGAGCAGCCGGGGCUAGUUUGUAUGGACUUUGGACAUCUUUGCCAUGAGGCAUCGGGGGCCAAAUGGAUGAGGAUGCAGAAUGUGCGGCAGCAUAGCAAGUGGUCGGAGUGGCUUCCAUAUCAGAAUGUGAGCGACUGGCCGGUCUACCCGGGCAUCCCGGUCUUGGUACAGUACCAUGCUGGAUCCAGUAGCAGCUACAUCGUUGGCGACUGCGUUCUGGCAGAUGGGAUGCGCUGCCAUGCUAGCUGGCACGACGAGAUGUUCCUGCGUGGGGAUUUCAAUGGGUGGGGUGACAUCCAGGACGGUCGUAUGCGACGGGUCGGCCACUUCACAUGGGCAGCAAACAUCACACUCUCGCGGUUCUCCAGGGCCAAGUUUGCACCGCAGAAGGGCUGGUCGAAGUCGUACGGGGUGCAUCCAAGGCGGCCGCUGCUCUAUGCCCUGCCGACCUUCGAUCCCAGGUUCACCAACUUCCAGUAUGACCCGCUGAUUUCAGGAACAGAUGCCACCCGACAGUGGAUGGUGCAGAAGGACUUCUGGUCAGCGGAGGAGUCUAUGGCUUCCGGCGCAGAGUUUGCCAGCGAGCUAUGGAUCGGAUAUCAGUGCACGGCGGAAGAACCGAAGUGCCCCGUGCCAUCGCAAGACUCGAACAAGUGGAGGUGCUACGGGUUCUCCAGUUCGCAGGACGUGGCGAGGCCAAGCGUCAACCAGCCCACUCUGGAAUGUGCACCGGGAGCACAACCAGAGCCCGAAGCUAUGGAUGCUGGUGAAGAGUCUGCCGCGGUGCCCGAAAGCCUUGAGGACGGGGCAACUGUGGAAGAGACGGUGGCGUGGAGCCGUGCAAGGCUAUCACAGGCAGAAAGAGAGCUGGGAGCUUGGAGCCUGGAGCCACCUUUUGAGACCCACGAGACCCCCGGUCAAAGCCCAAAAGAGCGCCGAAGGAGGAACUUCCGAGUCCGCCUCGACAAGGCCUUGGAAACCGUGGCGCGCGUCUUGGAGGCAUCAAGGCAGCCGAAGGCUGCGGCAGAUGUAUUCCAUCGCUAUUUGGACAAGUUCCUUCUCGUCGAAUUCCUGACGAACUCUGCUCUUGCCUCCCAGAUCAGCUGCCUCCAGGCACUGGGCCUGACCUCCGCGCAGCUGCAGAUGCUGCGGAGCUGGGCAUCGGAAAACAGCGUCUCGCUCCAAUUCUGUGCAGAAGAGCGGUGCAAGUUUCUCCGGGAGGAGUCCAGAGACAUCGAGGGCUCUCGCAGGGUGGAAGAGGUGAAAGUGGCUGGGGCCAGCAUAGUCGAGACCACUACGAAGGUGGUCACCACCGUGACGGAAUACGUCUGGAGCUUCAGCGUCCAAUACGAGCUGACAGCGUUUCGCGGUGUAGGUGCAGAAGCCGACGACCGAAUCGUCUUUAGGAGCCGUAGUGGUACGUCUGAGAUAAAGACAUCAGGAAAGGUGCCACCCUUUCCCGAAGUGAAGGUGCACAAGCCGGAUCCAGUUAACGUGAGCUUCCUGUUGCGUUCGUUGCGAGAGGAUGCUCCUCAGUCGGCGGGCUUCAGCAUCCGCCGUCAGGAUGCCAAGUGCAGGACACCAACGCGCAACUCUGAGGUAGAGGCCUCCCAGAAGUACUUUGGCCAGUUCCGAACCUGGGGUGAGGCCAUCGUCCAUUAUCUGGUGGAGAUGUGCCGCAAGAUCGAUACCAAGAGCUUUGAAACUUCGGUGACCGAUGAGGGCAUCUUCCAGCCUGUCCUUCCGCUCCUGGAAGAUCCGAACACGCGGGCUAUUGUCCAGGUCCCCGGCUCGGGCGAUCUGAUCGAUCUUGGCAGCCAAGAUCCGGACCGAGGGGCCACGCUCAGCCUCGGAGAUGCGAACAGGUUCCUGCAGGAAGAAAGACGAUCCCUGGAGGCAAAGUUUGGGGAACUGGCCCAGGUCUUCCCUCAGUCCGACUCCGUCAUCACCGCGGCGGAAGCGCAACUGGUCGCGACGACUUUGCACUGCUGUGCAGUGUGUCGCCAAUACGACGAGUCAUUGAGAUACGUCGAGAGCAUGCUUCGAGCUCAGCUGCUAGCAGCCAUUGGCAAGUCGGUGUCUCCAAAGGACUUCUCGGACUACAUGAACUUUCACAACCGGAAGCUCUUCGCUGACGCCUUCGCUCCGCAGCCUUUCUGCUUCGCCGUGAGACGCUCCGAGCUCCACAGCCCGGAAGGUACCGUCAGCAUCGAGAAGGGGGGAGAACCGGUUUCAACGAUGGUGGCUCAAACAGAAGCCUCCUGGCCCAUGGAGUUCGCAUUGAAUGCCUCCUCCAGCGUUUCAUUUGUUGGCCAGCACUAUCUGCAUGCCUUCUUAUCGCAUCAGUUUACGACUGACCUCUUUGGAAGAUCCAGCAAAGAGGCCUUCCAGCUGGUCUCUCGAGCUCGGCAGUUCAGCUCAAUGAUCGUUCUUGUUGGACGGGUGGUCUCUUCAACUACCUUUGACCCGAAGCAGGCCUUUAUUGUUCAGAACAAGGACGAGCUGUCCAUCGGGUUGGAGCUAUCGACCAUCCCGACUGCUCGCGAAUUCCGAGAUGCCAUCGAGUCACUCUCGCCGGAGCAGCAGAGGUUUGCGAAGGCGAUCCGCUCCAUGCAGCUGGAGAGCACGCUCUUUGGGCUGGUGAUCGUCCACAUCAAGCCCCAGCUGGAGAAGGUGCUUAACCUGCCCAAUGACAGCCUAACCAAGGAGAUCAAGCUGACGCAAGACCUCAUGCAACUCUUCAUCAAGUUCCAGAUUCCGAGCGAUCUCCUCUCGUUCUCAGGUCCGCCGGAGGCCAGCGAAACGGAGCGGCUCGCCACUGUCAAGGGCCAUGUCCAGGCCAUGCAAAGCAUGCUGUCGAUCUCCCAGAAGGAGGAGUUGGUCCAGAACUUCGCCGAAAAGGCCUUCCAGGAGGCUAGCGACCCUUUUGGCAGCACUGGUGGAGGCUGCCACUUCGACAUGGACCACCUCUUCGGUGGAGUGCCCGCAAUGGGCGCGCCCGUGCCGACGGGCAUGCCGGCCAUGGCGAUGCCGAUGAUGCAGGUGCCACAGCAUGCACCUGCACCGACAACAUCCCUCUUCGGGACCUCCUGCUCUCCAUUCGGCAGCACGGGAGGAGGGCUCUUCAGCUUUCCUUCUGGCACCGGCGGAUCGAUCUUCGGUGCGCAGGGCGGAGGUGGAGGUGGAGGGUCGCUUUUCGGAAACUCCGGCCCAUCCUCUUUUGGAGGUGCAGCGGCAUCCGUGCAAGAGGACCAUCAACGAUCCUGCCAACAGGCGCAACAGGCAGCUCCAAGCAGGCCCGCUGUCCAGCAGCCAGCUCCGCAGCCGGAUGAGCCCAUGGACACUUCAACCGAAGCGCAGGACGAGCGUUUGAUGACCAGGGACUACACGCAGCUACCCGUGCAGCUGGACCAGCGCUUUGAGAAACUGCAAACAGGGGGGGCUCUCAGAGCAGCGAUCCUGAAUUUGCAGGAUGCCUGGCAAAAGAAGUCACAGCAAGCUCUGCUGGCACAACCGAGCCAAACCUCGAUUGGGGUUGAUGAGCAGAAGCAGGAGAAGUUGGCGGCCUUCGAGCUCCUCGAUGCGCUCACGAAGUCCGGUGCCCUGCCUCUGGUGAACGCAAGCCUUCACGUGGUUGUUGCAGCGGUGCACUGCUUCGACAAGACGGUGACAGAGACCGUGAUCCAAGACAACAUGAACCCCAUCGAGAAUGUAGAGCGUUCGGCGUUGAUCAUGGCCUCCACCAUUCAUCAGCAGCCGGUUGCUGCGCUGCUUCGAGUUUCUCGGAACACCGAGGAUUUGAUCGAUGCUUGUAGGCUUCGCAGCAAGCCCGGCUUCGAGCAACAUCUCCCGGCCUCUUUUUGGUUGGGGAGUGACGGCAAGCCUCCGACGUUUGGGGAAGCAGGAUUGCGCCGAAUGCCAUCGCCGGAGGACUGGAACAGCGAGGUGGUCUACAGCGUCAUGGUAGACAGGUUUGCGAAUGGAGAUAUAACGAACGACCUCCACAACAUCCCGCACUAUCAGAAGCAGGAUCUGAAGUCAGGGGAGCCGUGGAAUCUCCACCAGUGGCGGCAUGGUGGAGACUUGCUCGGAAUACUUGGAAGGCUGAGCUACAUGAAGCACCUGGGUGCCACGGUGGUUGCCCUGUCGCCAGUCUUCCUGAACUCCGGGGGGGAGUACCACGGCUACUCAAUCUCAGAUCUCUCCAAGAUCGAUCCCGGCUUUGGCGACGCGAAGCUGCUGCAGACGCUGGUGGCCGAGGCUGGGCUCCGGCUCUCCGUGAGGUUGGAUGUGCAGGUGAACCAUGCAGUGGCUACUGGUCUGGCGUACAGGUCAGUCCACAUGGAUCCGGUCUCGCAGGUCAGCAACUGUGUGGCUUCUUUCGAGGAGGUCUAUCGCAACACCAGCGGUGGCCAGCCAAAGCGGUCGCACCAGCGCUCCCUGAGCUUCGGCGUGCUUCCUCGGCAUCUGCACCACCAGGAGUACGAGGCCUGUGCCUUUCCGGUCGCGAGAAGUUGGUGGGUCAGCCUCAGCGAGGCAUUUGUGCUCAGGCUGAAGAAGGCGAAAGCAAUGCCCACCGGCAGCUUUGUCUCAUCCCGAAAGGAGGCCAUGGACCACGUCGCACCUCGCGCCAACGCCUUCCGCAAGUUCAUGGCUGUUUGUGAGACAGUCUGCCUGGAGUUUGAGCGCGAGGUGCGGGAGAUGUCGGAGGACAUCUUGAUGUAUCGUGGGGAGUUGGCCCGCUGCGCCGACCUGCUGGCCUUUCAGUUGGGAAAGGAAAAGCAGUAUCACAACAUGCUGGAGAACAUAGCGGAAAAUACGUCUGUUCUAAUAGGGAAGUCAUCAGAACUUGGCCAAAAACAUGAUGCCCAUGAACCGCUGCGCGAACAGAUGAACCAGAUCAUGGACGUUAUCAUGAACACGCACAAGGAUGUGAAUGCUGGACAUGGAGCAGUUCACCAGGAUCACCGACAGAUGGUAGAGAGUCACUUGAUGACGUCCGCCCAGCUCCAGAAUCAGGCGGCGGCUGUUCAGGCGGAGCUGGACAACAUCAUGAAGGUCCUUAACGUGCCCGUCGUCGGAUACACGAAGGUGGAGUGCUUCAUUGGCUGGGAGAAGUGCACCAGUCGUGCCCUCACCAGCAGCGCCUGUGAAAUCGACCGGGCAAUCUCCUGGCAUGUCCGUUGGCAGUCCGGGGAGCAUGGGGAGUCCGGGUGGGACCGCUGGGAAGAAGCCUCUGGGUGCAUCUCCUGCACAGACCAUGGCCGGCUAUGGUGCAAGGGUGGGAACCAUGGCUCCUGGAAUGACGAACUUGGGGAACAGAGGGCAGCUGGCCUGAGAAAGCCUGGAACACCCGUAUCCGGUCCAAAGGAAAGCAGCCUCGAAGAGUUUCAGCUUGGGAGGUACGCAAACCUGUCGAUCUGCAAUCGCUCCACCAUCCCGCAUCCUUGCUCUGUGCGUCAGGUCUCUACAAACUUGCUGAAGUAUUGGAUCGCUUAUGCCGACAUCGAUGGGCUCCGCUUGUCCUCUGUGGGUUUCAUGUCCGCAGACUUCACGGCCUAUCUGUCAACACAUCUCAGGCGGUAUGCAACCAAACUGGGGAAAGAGCAGUUCUUCAUGAUCGGGGAAGUUGAUCUCAGCGACCAGCCCUUUGGCCUUCAACACGUGGGCACGAUGUCUGGAGCACCGCCGCAAAGAUUGCCUUAUCAGUUGAAGCGGGCCAGAGAGGAGCUAUGUCCAUACUACUCCGGGUUGCGACCAGCGACUCCAGGCUUGAUGGCAGCGUACCCGACAGCCGAAGUUGCACACUUACGCUCGGUGACCAGCUCCAAGAUCUCCCCGGCAGAGUUCUUCCAAAGCCAGAUCUAUCUCAAGGCUCAGGAGGUGCAGCGGGACAUCGCCAAUGUUGCCGACGUCAGGUCAGCCUGGACAGCAGCAGAAUCAUAUCAGCUGCCACGUUUACUGUCGGUCAGCACGUCGCCCGGAGAUGAUGAUCUCCACUCCUGGCGCAUCCUGUACGCAUCUGCUUGGAGCCUCACUUGGCGUGGCAUUCCGGAGAUCUGGUACGGCGCAGAGUUCGGCUUUACGGGGCUUUGCUAUGCCAACGAUGCAGAGCGAAAGGAGCUCCUGGAUAGGAUGGUGGCAGCCAAGAUCAGUGCUACCGUGGCCGAGGACCUUCUCCAGCACUGUGACUACCGGGCCAAGGGUGCUGGCUCUGUGGAUCGCGGCUUCUGGCGUCAGGACAUGUUCACUGGUGGACCUAUGGAGUUGGGCCGUGCUGCCUUCGACUCGCAAGCACUUCCUCCGAGCCCAGUGCAGCUGCGGGCGCGCCUGAUGGAGGCAGCUCCGCCCCACUGGUGCGAGGAGCCGAUGUUCGACCGGACCAGUCAGGUCUUCCGCUACAGUCGGGCGCUGAUUCGGAUCCGCCGCUCUUGCCCCGGCCUUCGCAGCGCCACCGCCGUGGAGGCGAAGGCUUAUGGCCAGGCCUCGGGAGAACAGAUAGCUUUCUGGAAGCUCCUGGAGCAGGAGGAUGAUAAACAGGCCGCGGCACCAUUGGCUAUGUUGAUUGUCCUCUCCAUCUCCGAGUCGCCUUCAGCAGAGCCAACCCGAUACACGAUGCCGCCUGGAGUUGCGCACCAAGAUGGCCAGGCAUACGUGGACCUGCUUCACCCCAGCAAGAUGGCCGUUGUGGAUGCUCAGGGGAACCAGUCACUUCUGCUGGUACCUGGUGGCUUGGAGGCCGUCCAUGUCUCAAUAUUUGCGCCGAUUGAGACGGUGGACGAGGAAAUGGGAGAGCAGUGGCUUCUUUGCAAGGGUGCGGAGCUCCCUCCCUUGGAGGAUGUUUGCCAGCGCUCCAUGUUCGCAUUGAUCCUCACCGCAAGUGCUUCCGUCAUCGGAUUGGCGAUCCCCUUCAUCGUUCUCCUGUUGAACUGCAGAAGCAGUGUGUACCUGAGCAUCGUGAAGAGGCCAACAAGGCCGGAGCCCAUCAGCGAGUUCGCACGGCUGACUCCAAAGCACGUGCUCUGUGCUGCAAUCGAGCACACCAUCCCGAUCCGCAACGUGAAGAUCAACGCUGGCGGCUUGGGGAAGGUCCUCGACCAGAUGCUGCGGGAGCAUCCGCCCUGUCGGCUGAGCUUGGUCCAUCCCAAGUUCGGAGAUGUAGAUUACGGUGAAUUAGAGGAGUUCACCCAGCUGACCCUGACGGUGGAUGGCAAGGAUCAUGUGGUAAUCGUCUACAGAUUGGAGGAUGAGCUCAACGGCAUCACCCGAUCAUG